AGUUCCACUCCAUGGUAUAAAAAAGAGCCGUUAGCUUCCCGCCAAGGUGGAAACACACAUGAAAAGCGACCGGCUUUUAACUGUUUAUAACAGAUUAUGGAAAUUCAAUUUUAGGAAGCAAUGAAUAUGUGCCUUUCUUAGGUACACGCCUCAAAGCCACCAUUCAUUUCUUCUGUUGCUUCGUUGAAAUGCAUUGCAUGUUUCAUCAUUGGCUAUUAAUUCCAUCUCAAUUUGUCUUUUUUGGAGAGAAAAAUAAUCUAAAAGAGCCAUGGAGUUAGAACUGGGACUCAAGAUCACCCAUACUAGAGAUGAUAUCACCUCCUUCACCGGCCUUCGGGUUGCUAAAGACCAUGCUGGUCCUCUCUUCUUGUCUACAGAAACCGAGACCAUGUUCACCCUUAUUGCAUAUCUCACAGGUGCAGGUUUUAGAAAGGAGAAUAUUGACAUCAAGAUUAGUGAAGAUGGUAAUCAGAUCACAAUCAGUGGGAAGAAGCCAGUUCAGGAGCUGGAGUUGAUAGGGUGGAUUAUGCACAAGAAAGAGGUUGAGUUAAGGGCAUUCAGCAAGGCUUUUCGAAUCCCUCAUGGUGUCAUUUUGGAUAAAAUCAAGGCAAAAUUCAGCGACCAAGAUUUGACUUUGACGAUUACUCUGCCGAAAUUGGUGAAGGGAAUUCGUGGUGUUGGGGUGGAGGAAGUGAAGGAAGAGGAGGUUGAUAAAGGGAGAGGUGAAGCUACACAAAUCACAGAGGAUAAGGCUCCUGAAGGAGAAAGUAGAGAGCCCGAGAAGAAGAAGGUGGAAGAAAUUGACCAAGUUGUGCAAAAGGAGAUGAAUACAAGGGAGGCUGAAACAACAAGAGCAGUAGCUCUUGAGCUUUCAAGGAAAGAAAAAGAUAAUGAAGCAGCUAAGGAAGAAAGCAUAGAGCCCAAGAUUAGAACAGAUGAAGAAAAUGCUCAGGUCAAGGAGCAGGCAAUUGAUCAAGGGCAAUUCAAGGAAGUAGAAGAGGUAGCUGAUCAAAUGUCCGGUGAAAGAGACAAUAGCAAAGAGAUAAUAGAGGAAAAAUCUGCAGAUCCAAAUAUUAAAAGCAAGGAAGAAAGUGAAAAGUUUGAGGAACAGAAGGUUGAUGCAGGUGACAGAGAGCCUGAAAGAGUUGGAGAUACAACGUUACAAAGGAAACCUGAACCUAAAGAUCAGAGCGAAUUAGAAGAAGCCACUCUUGAAAAGUCAGAGCCUCCUGCUACUGCUACCACAGCUAUAUAUCAGGAAACAACAAUCAAGGACUCUAAGCAGGUUAAGCCAGAGAAAGAGAUUGAGCACCAAGAGCCAAAAGAGCCCACUCUAGCUGAAGAAACGGAAAGCAAGGAGCUUCUUGGUUUGAAAGAGCAGAUGAAGAAACAGGAAACUCCAGAGGCCAAGAGCGCGGAUGAAGAAACAUUACCAAAACAUCCAGAGCGCGAUGAAUCGCUACAAGCUUUCAAGGAUCAAGUGACUAAACAACCAGAAGCGUCAAACCAACCAUCAUCUCAAGCUAAUCAAGAACAUGCUGCAGAAGAAAAUCACCCAGUCAGCGCUGAAAUAUCACAAGAAUCAGUAAAGCUGGGAACAGAAACGAAUGUUCAAGAACCAACGAUACCUGGACCUGAUCAAGAAAAAAAACUGGCAGAUAAAUCAAGAAAUGAUGAAGCCCAGGAAGUCAACGAAGCGACAACUGAUGAUGUUGUAGAAGAGCAUGAAUUGGUUGAGGUGAAGGAUCUAGGUGAAGGAGCAACAAAUAGAACGAAUUCUGUUUCAAGAGGAACCAAGUUAUAUCCUCCUCUUGUUGUUGCAGGGUCGGCCAUUCUUGUCUCUAUCAUAGUGCUUGUCAUUAGAUGGAUUAGAGCUAAGAAAAGGUGAAUUGUAUGUAACCGAGUGGGCUUUAUUAGCUUUGUUAUUGUUGACAGCAAUAAAAUGGAGUGCAUCAAAAUAAUAUCUUCCAUAGAACAGAUUGAAGUUUGGCAUGCGAAUUAACAUGCCAUUGGAGCAC